AUGACCAGGGGACUUGUGCAAAUUGGUGGUUCAACAAUUGGAGCAAAAGGUCAUACCUCUAUUCCUACCAAACAUUCUAGUUUACGAAAGAAAGAUAUACUUACACUUCAAAUGAUAUUUUUUGAUGGUGAAGAAGCCUUCCAGCGCUGGAGUAAAGAUGAUUCUCUUUAUGGAUCAAAACAUUUAGCCAAAUUAUGGAAUACUAAAAAGUUUCCAGAAGGAAGGCAAAAAGAUUUUUGUAAAAACCAUGGUGACUUUGUCAGUUUUUUGGAUCGAAUGGAUGUUCUUGUUUUACUUGAUUUGAUUGGUUCAUCAAAUCCUUCAUUUCAUAGUUAUUUUCCAGAUACACAUUCACUUUAUAUGGAACUAGUUAAUGCAGAACAAAAGUUGAACUCUUUAAAACAUAUAGAAAGUCAUCCUCCUGAAGUAAAAACAAAUUACUUCAGUAAAUAUUCUACUUUGUCUUUUAUUGAAGAUGAUCACAUUCCAUUUAUGAAAAAAAAUGUGCCUAUAAUUCAUAUCAUUCCGUCCCCAUUUCCUUCCGUGUGGCACCGAGAAAGCGAUAACCGUGAAAACCUUCAUCACCCAACUAUCAAUAAUUUAAAUAAAAUAAUUACUGUUUUUGUUGCGGAAUAUCUUCAUUUAAAUCCAGAAACAGAAAAAAUUUCAGAAAUAUGAAAAACUUUUUAAACAGUUAUUUUUGUACGUUUUUACAUUACACAAACCAUAUUACUUAUAAUGCAAUUGUAGAUUAUUAUUAUAUAAAUUG